UCCGUUUAUUUUAGUAACUAAUAAUUUACUUCAAGUGUCACACGGAACAUUGAAGCCUGUAUAUAAAUUAAUUUUUGAAUUUGCAUCAUCACAUUGUAUUUGAAUUCUGUGAGUAGGAAUAUCGCAAAAAAUCAUUAUAAAAUGAAAAUAAUUGCAACAGUAUUCAUUGUGUCUGCAUUUAUUGCAUUAGGAAAGUGUUUGACUGAAGAAGAGAAGCAAAUGAUGAUGGACGUCCAUAAAGAGUGUACGGCAGUGAGCGGAAUAACAGACGCCAUGAUAGAACAAGCGAAAACCGGAAAUUUCCCUCCGGACUCUGAAUUCAAAGAGCACCUGGUGUGUUUUGCCAAGAAAGUGGGAAUCAUGAGUGACACUGGAGAAAUUCAAAAAGAUGUGAUCUCACAAAUGGUCCAUAUGCACGUUGCUGAUACAGCCAAAGCUGAUGAGAUUGUUAAUAAGUGUGUAUUGAUCAAGGCAACGCCCCAGGAUACCAUGUUCGAAUCUGCUAAAUGCAUGUUUGAAUCCCAAAAAUUUUUCUGAAAGAAAUUUCGAAAAGUUGUCAAAUUGCGUUAGUUUUAUAAUUACUUGUAAAUAAAUUUUGUGAAGCAUA